AUUAAAUCCACAACAUUCGUUAAAGUACAGGGACUAAUAAUAGAAUUUAACCUAGAAUAAAAAAACCCUAUAUAUUGCUUGAAAAACCCUAGCUUUCGAUCUCUGCUCGUAUUCGGCCGUCGAAAAUGUCGAAGCGAGGGCGUGGAGGAUCAGCUGGAAACAAGUUCAGGAUGUCGCUGGGUUUACCAGUGGCUGCCACCGUGAACUGUGCAGAUAACACCGGUGCUAAGAACCUUUAUAUCAUUUCCGUGAAGGGAAUCAAGGGUCGCCUCAACCGAUUGCCAUCGGCUUGUGUUGGAGACAUGGUGAUGGCUACUGUCAAGAAAGGAAAGCCUGAUCUAAGGAAGAAGGUCUUGCCUGCCGUCAUUGUGAGGCAACGUAAGCCUUGGCGCCGAAAGGACGGUGUUUACAUGUACUUUGAAGAUAAUGCUGGUGUCAUUGUGAAUCCGAAGGGAGAAAUGAAAGGUUCUGCCAUUACUGGUCCAAUUGGGAAGGAGUGUGCUGAUCUGUGGCCAAGAAUUGCAAGUGCAGCAAAUGCCAUUGUUUAGGGAUUUGAAUUUUUCUAGAGAUUUUUGUUUCCUUGAGUCAUGGUUUUUUGCUGGAUCAAGAUUUUGUUAUGUGUGUUUUUUUAGGGGUUCUUGAAAAAUAUCGUAUGGAUAGCUUUGAUUUGGAUUUUGAUAUUGGAAUGUAGUUAAUGGAUUGUUCUCCCAUGUUUAAGCUUAUUAUUUCCUUUUUCUUUGAA